UUACGUCAUUUCCUGGUGAAGCGGAGCUGCUUUUCCCGAGGUCGUUUAUUGACAAGACGAGGGAAGGUGACUUCGGGAGGACUUUUUCCCCAACCUGAACCCCUCCAGGACGGGGUUUUAAGAAGUUAACGACUAUGUCUUCCUUUGGAAGAGCGUUAGGAGUCCUGCGGACCGGAAGUCGGCUGCUCAGGAGGAAUCCAGGAAGGAUAACCAGCAGAAAGGCCAGCGGCGGACCCCACAUUGAGCCGCAGUACAGACAGUACCCCCAGCUGACCAAGAAACAGAAGAUAGAGUCUGAGCUCAUCAGUGGAGUCAUGUGGUUCUGGAUCCUCUGGCACUGCUGGCAUGAUCCAGAUGCAGUUCUGGGUCACUUCCCCUGGCCCAAUGCUUCUGAAUGGACCGAUGAGGAACUCGGCAUCCCACCAGAUGAUGAGGAAUAAGGUG